AUGAGUUCCUCCAGCAAGCCCACAGAGCCAUGGGAUCUCGAGACCGCCGUCCGUCUCCUGCUUCUGCUGAACAACGCAGUUGCUUUAGCCCUCAGCUUUGCUAGUAUGGAGGUUCUAUUCAUCGUCGUCGGCUCGAUUCUUGGUGUCUCCGUCAUCUUCAAUAUGUUAGUCCUCCUGUCCAAGGUUAGGCCACACCGUCUGGCCUUGACGAACGACGAUGUCCACAGACGGAGCCCUUCGCUGCUUGUCUGGGGAACCGACAGCGUCGGUGUUCUUGCCUUCUUGUCUCUAUACGUGUGCAGCACCAUCGAGACCAUCUCACGAGAUGGUGGUUGGCGUCAUUUACCGGUAUUGCUGAUGGCCUAUGCAUCGAUUGGAACUCUGGUCGCCUGGUGA